UUCAGAGAAUUUUUCAGUUCCCCCGGAUGUUACUGCAACUACCUCCACACCCGCCUCUUCUGCACGCCCAUCUGCUAUUGACCUUCCUCCAUCGGGAAUAGUGAAGGGCAUGCACAAAGCAUCCAACCGGUCCAGCCUUAUGGACACAGCUGAUGGUGUCCCUGUAAAUAGCAGAGUCUCCACAAAAAUUCAGCAGCUACUCAAUACUCUGAAGCGACCUAAACGGCCACCUCUGAAGGAGUUCUUUGUGGAUGAUUUUGAAGAAAUUGUGGAAGUUCCACAGCCAGAUCCUAAUCAGCCCAGACCUGAGGGACGUCAGAUGACACCUGUGAAGGGAGAACCCUUGGGUGUAGUUUGCAAUUGGCCUCCUGCUUUAGAAGCAGCUCUGCAACGCUGGGGAACAACACAGGCCAAGUGUCCUUGUUUGACAGCCCUGGAUGUCUCUGGGAAACCCGUCUACACGUUGACGUAUGGCAAACUGUGGAGCAGAAGUGUGAAGUUGGCAUAUACACUAUUGAACAAGCUGGGCACCAAAAAUGAGCCUGUAUUGAAACCUGGAGACAGGGUAGCCCUUGUUUAUCCCAACAAUGAUCCUGUCAUGUUCAUGGUGGCAUUCUAUGGCUGUUUGCUGGCUGAAGUCAUCCCCGUGCCUAUAGAGGUGCCUCUAACCCGAAAGGUAAUAGUGAUUGAUCGUAGAGGAGUCACAAGCUAUGAAAGCAAGUUAGAAACAAACAAGUUGCUGGAUGCUGGCGGCCAGCAGAUUGGCUUUCUACUGGGUAGUUGUGGCAUUGCUUUGGCCCUCACCACUGAAGUUUGCCUGAAGGGACUCCCCAAAACACAAAAUGGAGAAAUUGUGCAAUUCAAGGGUUGGCCAAGGCUCAAGUGGGUGGUUACAGAUUCCAAGUAUCUCUCCAAAACACCAAAGGAUUGGCAGCCCAACAUUUCAAAUGCAGGGACUGAACCAGCUUAUAUUGAGUAUAAGACCAGCAAGGAGGGGAGCGUGAUGGGUGUAACUGUGUCCCGAAUUGCUCUCUUGUCUCAUUGUCAGGCUCUGUCUCAGGCAUGCAACUACUCUGAAGGUGAAACCAUAGUGAAUGUCCUAGAUUUCAAAAAGGAUGCAGGAUUGUGGCACAGCAUGCUAACGAGUGUAAUGAACAAGCUGCAUACCAUCAGCGUGCCCUAUGCAGUGAUGAAAACCUGCCCUCUUUCUUGGGCACAGAGGGUUCACACUCACAAAGCUAAAGUAGCUUUGGUGAAAUGUCGAGAUUUGCACUGGGCCAUGAUGGCUCACCGGGACCAAAGAGAUGUCAGCUUAAGUUCCCUACGGAUGCUGAUCGUAACUGAUGGUGCUAAUCCCUGGUCUGUGUCCUCGUGUGAUGCUUUCCUGAGUCUAUUCCAGAACUACGGGCUUAAACCAGAGGCAAUAUGUCCUUGUGCUACAUCUCCUGAAGCAAUGACUGUGGCUAUCCGGAGACCUGGCGUUUCCGGGGCACCUUUGCCUGGAAGAGCUAUCUUAUCAAUGAAUGGCUUGAGCUAUGGUGUCAUUCGUGUCAAUACAGAAGAUAAGAAUUCUGCUCUCACCAUACAGGAUGUCGGUCAUGUUAUGCCAGGCGGAAUGAUGUGUAUUGUGAAGCCGGAUGGCUCCCCUCAGCUUUGCAAGACAGAUGAGAUUGGUGAAAUCUGUGUUAGCGCCAGAACAGGAGGGAUGAUGUAUUACGGGCUGAGCGGAGUAACCAAGAACACAUUUGAGGUCUUCCCAGUGAAUUCAGCUGGCUCUCCUGUGGGCGAUGUGCCUUUUGUGCGAUCUGGCUUGCUGGGAUUUGUUGGGCCUGGAAGUCUGGUAUUUGUUGUUGGAAAAAUAGAUGGGAUGCUCAUUGUUAGUGGACGCAGACAUAAUGCUGAUGACAUUGUGGCCACCGGAUUGGCAGUUGAAUCUCUAAAGACGGUUUACAGAGGAAGGAUUGCUGUGUUCUCUGUGACUGUGUUUUAUGAUGAAAGGAUUGUGGUGGUAGCUGAACAACGGCCUGAUGCUUCUGAAGAAGAUAGUUUUCAGUGGAUGAGUCGUGUGCUGCAGGCAAUUGACAGCAUUCACCAAGUUGGAGUAUAUUGCCUCGCUCUUGUUCCAGCAAAUACUUUGCCAAAAACUCCUCUGGGAGGGAUUCAUAUAUCUCAAACCAAACAGCAUUUCCUGGAAGGGUCAUUGCAUCCAUGUAACAUUCUCAUGUGCCCACACACGUGUGUAACCAAUCUGCCGAAACCCAGGCAAAAACAACCAGGUGUUGGUCCUGCCUCUGUGAUGGUGGGGAACUUGGUUGCAGGGAAGCGUAUCGCACAGGCCUCUGGGAGGGAUCUGGGACAGAUAGAAGAGAAUGACCUAGUGAGAAAGCAUCAGUUUCUGUCCGAGGUGCUUCAGUGGAGAGCACAGGCAACUCCUGAGCACAUGCUUUUCCUCCUGCUCAAUGCCAAGGGAGCCCCUGUUUGUACAGCAACUUGCCUACAGCUGCACAAGCGAGCGGAGCGAAUUGCAUCAAUUCUGUAUGAAAAGGGACAUCUCAAUGCUGGUGAUAAUGUGGUGCUACUCUAUCCUCCUGGUAUUGAACUCAUUGCAGCAUUUUAUGGCUGUCUCUAUGCUGGCUGUAUCCCAGUGACUGUCCGGCCUCCACAUGCUCAGAACCUCACUGCCACUUUGCCCACUGUGCGGAUGAUAGUAGAUGUGAGCAAAGCUGCCUGUAUUCUCACAAAUCAAAUUCUGAUGAGACUACUGAGGUCCAGAGAGGCGUCGACUGCUGUUGAUGUAAAAACCUGGCCAACCAUCAUUGAUACAGAUGACUUGCCCAGAAAGCGGCUACCUCAGGUCUACAAACCACCGACUUCAGAAAUGUUGGCAUACCUGGAUUUUAGUGUAUCCACAACAGGGAUGCUUACAGGAGUAAAGAUGUCCCAUGCAUCAGUCAGUGCCCUCUGUAGAGCCAUAAAGCUCCAGUGUGAGCUGUACUCCUCACGGCAAAUUGCCAUCUGUCUUGAUCCCUAUUGUGGGCUCGGCUUUGCACUUUGGUGUCUUUGUAGUGUGUAUUCUGGUCAUCAAUCCAUUUUAAUUCCUCCUAUGGAGUUAGAAUCCAAUCUUUUCCUGUGGCUCUCCACUGUAAGCCAGUAUAAAAUACGGGAUACUUUCUGUUCCUAUUCUGUUAUGGAUAUGUGUACCAAGGGGCUUGGGAAUCAGGUGGAAGUAUUAAAGGCAAGAGGUAUCAACUUAUCAGGAGUCCGGACUUGUGUAGUGGUGGCCGAAGAACGCCCACGUGUUGCUCUUACUCAGUCUUUCUCCAAGCUUUUCAAGGACAUUGGUCUAUCAUCUCGUGCGGUCAGCACCACGUUUGGGUCAAGAGUCAAUGUAGCUAUCUGUUUACAGGGAACCUCAGGGCCUGAUCCAACCACAGUUUAUGUGGAUCUGAAAUCAUUACGACAUGACAGAGUGCGGCUAGUUGAAAGAGGUGCUCCCCAGAGCCUCUUACUCUCCGAGUCAGGCAAGAUAUUGCCUGGAGUCAAAGUGAUAAUUGUUAAUCCUGAGACCAAAGGACCUGUUGGUGAUUCACACCUUGGAGAGAUCUGGGUGAAUAGUCCUCACACUGCUAGUGGAUACUAUACCAUCUAUGAUAAUGAAACCCUCCAAGCAGAUCAUUUCAAUACCCGCCUGAGCUUUGGUGAUGCUGCUCAAACUCUCUGGGCACGAACGGGAUACCUUGGCUUUGUUCGACGGACUGAACUCACAGCUGCCAGUGGAGAACGCCACGAUGCAUUGUAUGUCGUUGGGGCACUGGACGAAACUCUGGAAUUACGUGGAUUGCGUUAUCAUCCAAUUGAUAUAGAAACUUCCAUUUCUCGAAUGCACAGGAGCAUUGCAGAAUGUGCUGUAUUCACAUGGACCAAUUUACUUGUAGUGGUUGUGGAGUUGUGUGGCUGUGAGCAGGAAGCUCUUGAUUUAGUCCCUCUGGUUACCAAUGUGGUCCUGGAAGAACAUUAUCUGAUUGUAGGAGUUGUGGUGGUGGUUGAUCCUGGGGUGAUACCCAUCAAUUCCAGAGGAGAGAAGCAGCGGAUGCAUCUUCGUGAUAGUUUCUUGGCUGACCAACUGGAUCCCAUAUAUGUAGCAUACAACAUGUAAUUUUGGAAAUGUGGGUCUGAGACUAUCCUACAAACUGAGCAAGGACCAGGAAUGAUUGUGGAAACAAAAGAAGCUGACAGAAAAAUUAGUGAUGAUAGUUGUGAAGCUGGACAAUGCUGUUUUGAUUCCUUUUCUCUCCAUCUUAUUGGACUGACAGGAAGCUGGACUGAUCAAAAGACAAAAGAUGGCAACCAGGGAACUAAGAUGAUAGCUUUACAGGCAAUGAAAAAUAGGCCCUCAUGAAAAACAAACACCAAUUAUUAGGGCCUUUAUUGUAGUGUUAACAUUUUCAAUUGUUGUAUAUAUUUGUACUUUUUCUAACACUGAUUUAGAAUUCUAUGAGGGAUGAUUUAUUUAGUUAAAAUACAAAUCUGUAAGAAUCUGGUUAUGUAAGUCCUAUGUAUACCCUCUGUAAACAGUGUACUUUAAAACUGUUAGCUUAAUUCUGUAGUACUGUGUUGAUAGGGAUCAUGUUUACUUAAAAUUGUGCCAUAACCACACUCAAUAUUCAACAGAAGAAUCAUUCAUAUAGCUUAUCUCAUGAAUUUAAAAAGAAUUUGCCUCUAUUUUAAAUAUGUAAAUAUUAGUAUGCAUAAUUCAUUUAUUUAGAAACUGAUUCAAAUACUUAAGAAUUUAACAAAGUCCUUAAAUAAAUUAUGGUUAGGCGAUUAAUGUGAGGAAUGCAAUUAGACUAUUAGGUUUCUCUUAUUUUGUUGCUGGUCAGGUAUGACAUAGCAUGUAGAAACUUAAUGUUUUCAAUGCACAUGUUUAUAAAGAGGCUGACAUUCAUCAGCGUUACAAGCAUUUUAAAAAGUAAGAAGCAAUUCUGUGACUUUGGAAUGUUGAAUAGAAUUUGUAAAGCUUACUAAAAUGGUUUUUAUAAGCAAACACUUGUUAACCAGAAUCACUCAAUUCCUGAUUUUAGACAUAUUUUGUUCCUCAACUGUGCAAAGUAACAAUUCAUUUAAAAGAAUUACUUUGAUGUGCUACUUUCUGGGUGGGAUUCAUUAUUGUACUGCAAAUCAUGGUCUUUUGCAGAAUGUCUUUGAAUCAGCAAGAUUGGCAAGUUGUGAUUUUCCCAUUCAAAAUAGCUGAUCAGUUUCAGCCUUCAAAGAAUUGAUAACAAUAGAUGCCUUAAAAUGUGCUGGAAUAGCCAUUGUUUGAAAAUGGUCUGCAACCCCAUCUCCAAUAAGCUGGUAGGAAAAACAAUAUUUCUAUUUAGACCAAUUUUUUUUUCUGAUUACACUUUAGAAUCUUCUCCUUGUUUCUCCUUAAGAAGUUUGUUGAAAUAACACAGAAAGCAGAUACUAGAAAUGGUGACAAACUUCCUUGGGCCAUUUGUGGCCUAUUGUGUAAAUACUUAGAAUAUUUUAAUAAUGUCUGUUUACCUUCCCUGUAACAAAGUUAGCAUUUUUAGACAUUUUUAAAAGAGAUAUAAAUAUAAACCUGAAUUAAAUCCUCAUCUACAGCAGCUAUAUUAAGUGUAGCUCUGGCAACUUAUUCCUUAAGAUAAAUUCCAAAUGUAUACUUGAAAACCUUUCUGUACAAACUUUCAAAAGCUUGUUUUUUUUAAUGGCUUGACGUAUAGAUAUUUAGACAGAAAACUUUUAAAUAUAUUAACAAAAUAUUCACAAUUAGCUUCUUAUACAUAACGUUGUUCAAUAUACCUUGAAUCGAAGAAUUACGGCAAAAAUAGUACAGGGUGGAGGGAGGUUCAUUACGUCAAAUCGUUGAAAUAAUAACUACUGGUUUUUAAUGGAGACGGUUUGAAUAUUUUGUGUUAUCAGUAUUUCCACAGUGUGGUGCUGCUAUGUAAAUUAAAAUGCACUCCAUGCUGAAGUUGUUUUAACUUGUAGUUUGCAAUAGUUUGGAAAACAAACACACAUAAAACAGUUGCUGGCACUCCACAUGGGAACAGAAGGCCUUCAGCAUAUAAAUGUUCUGUGUAUUCCAGCCUUUAUUUAUUCUCUCCAAUGUGGCUCUUAAGAGGUCUCAAUUUUUAUAAUAAAAACACUUUUAACAUCCUACUGAAUGAAACCGGAGCCUAGUUCUCUAUCCAUGGUUGUAGUAGUCUUUUCUACACUUAUGUUUAGAUUCCUAUUACAUUUAAUAUAGUAGACUUACAAUGUGCAGUAUAGAAAAUCAUUUGAAAAUAGUAUUUCAGAUCUUCUAAUUUGAAAUACUUCAAGUUUUGUUUUCAACAUUAACUUCAAAUAUAUCAUUUUUCUCUUUGAGCUAAUUGUUAAGUAUUUUAUUUCUUCCCUGUUAAUGUGAGAUUUUAAUAUACUUUCUCCAAAGAUUUAUAAUUAAUACACCAAGGAUUUCAAUGUUACUCUUUAACCCUGAGACCUCUUCAGUGCCAUACAUAUCUGCCUUUCAAUAAUUUAUACAAAUGGCUGAGAUUCCAAAGGAAUGAUUGUAGAAUCAGUGCUCUCUUUAUGGGGGUUCUGACACUGAUUUGCUCAGUGUGGCUUUGGGUAUGCUAUUCUGUGUUCACCAUCAGACAUUACAGAUUCCACAUGAAACACAGUAAGGAUGUAGUUCUCUGUAGGUUCUGGAGUUAGCUUGUCCUUUUUUGUCCCCAUUCCACAUAAUCAUUGUAUGGUAAUACUUUUUCAUAUAUCCAAAGAGGUUAGAGCCAGCAUUUUCAGCCUUGGCUUUUUGGAUUUUCUUAUUAGCUCAGGUAAUACUUAAUUUAAAUAUAAUGGCUUGGAUCAAAGUAUUCCUUCUACAAAUGGAAGGACUGCUGUUUUCAUAAGCCCAAGAUUAAAUUCCAACAGUGGAAGUGGGGGAGAUCUAUGAAUACCCUGCAAUUCUCAUAACAUGUUUCUUUCACACUUUGCUUUUAAGAGGUUUAUGGGGUGUUGGUAGUAAUAGAAUUGCCUUCCUAAAUUCUUCUAGCAGGACUAUCCCAUGAAUGCAGUUUUACUAACAAAAACCUCUGAAUUCACAUUUUUCAAUUACUAAAAUAUAUUGAUAUGAAGCAAUUAGAACACUUAUUCCUGAGAAUGAACUUACUACCCUGAACACAAACUACAAAACCAUAUUUCACAUUUUUUUCAAAAAUAGGCCUUUUUAGUUAAAUAUGUUUGCCUUUCAAUUUUUUAUUGUGCAGUUUAACAAUGAUGGGCCAAGCUUAACUGUGAUGGAGAUAUGAUUGUAAAAACAAUAGAUCAUUGUCUUUAAUCAUUUUUUGCUUUUGUUGAUGUCAAUACGUUUACCAUUGUCAGAUUCAAAUCACAACUCUGUAAUUAUGUAAAAAGUCUUUUUUAUUUAUUUGAAAUUAGGUUUUAGAUAUACUUUUUAAAAGAUUUUAACAUCUGGCUGGACAGUGUUCCAUUAAUGCAUUGAUUGUGUCUUUCUUGUCUUGUGUUAAUAAAUAAUGAUGCCUGUCUGUUUUUAUUAUAUC